GGUACUGCUCAAAAUGUCUGUCGAGAAACAGUUUGGAAGAUCGGCCGUUCUGCAAGAAUUGAAUAUGUCGCAAUUUACAAAUUAACGAAGAAGCCUCCAAAACAACUGGGGAUACAGCAGCGUUUCCUGUGUGAUUCCUGUCCCCACUCUCGCCCUCGGUGAAGCCGCGGACACAUGAUCGUCAGGGGUUGCGGUGGGAGAUGGUACAUAGGAAGAGCGGAGAGGGAGAAUUCCGAGAGGGGGCCUUGCCUCGAGCCUUAUAAAACACCAGGAAAGAGGCUCUCCUUCCUGGUUGUUCUCUCACGGGAACUCUGGUAAAUCUGUGGCCUCCCAGGCCUUUCCAAGGGCAUUUCCAUCACAUUGGAUACCUGCCUGUGCCAGGUUGGUGGAAAAGGAGGCCGUGGAGAGGGUCAGGGAGAGGAUCAGACCCCUGUCACUGUCGCUGGGAGAGAGGAGGUGCCACAACAGAGACUAAGACAGGUCUGGGUCUAGACCUCCAUGCCAGGCUAGAUGAUGAAGAGCCUCCAGUUCAGAAGCAUCGCCCCCAAGGCCCCAGCAGCGGUAGUUCCCUCCCCGACCGCUGUCCUGUCUUGCCAGCACCCCUCUGCCCUCCCAGAGGCAGCCUCUACAGCCGUCAGCCCUAAAUCCAUCCUGGUCCCGGCCCAGAACUAUGCCCUGAUGCAGGUGGCAGGACAGGAGGGCACCUUCUCUCUAGUGGCCCUGCCGCCCUCCGUAUCCCCUCAAUCUCCACAGCAACAACAGCCGCAGCAACAGACAAUCCAGAAGAACCUGAAGCUGCCCAUCCCCAGAUACCAGCCAAUGAGGGCCAAGAGCACCCCGGAGAAGGUCAAAUUAGCCACACCCACUGCCGUGACAACCCGGCCACAAAGGUCAAUAGCGGCGGUAAAAAAGAAGUUGUCAUCGCUGGAACCCAAGGAGGAGCCAUCAAAACAGGUCAUACUGAUCGACUCCACAGCCUCCUCUGAGAUCUCAGCCCUCACAGCCCUGCUCCCGGACAACGCUGUGCUCUACUCUGGAUCUCCACUGGAGCAAGUAGCAGUGGUGGACACCACCAUCAACCACAUGUCUACUCCUGCCCCCGGCCCGGGCCCCGUCACCAGCAUGCUGCAGAACCUCCAAUACCCAUCUGGUGGCUUUACUAAAAGCUCCCCAGUCAAACUGCCACAGGAAGAGAGCAACAUUAAGGUUGGCAUUAGGCCAUGCCAACCCAAGCCUGUAGCCCAACAGCCCCAUCCACAGCCAGCUAGUAGCAGCAUCACUGUCCUCUCUCCAGCCAUCUUCAGCAAAGCUGUCCAGAUUAUACCCUCCCCACCCAAAGGCAAGUUGCCCAUCCUGCCCUACUCGAACAUAAAAAGCACCCUCAUACCAGCCACCAAACUCAACCUCAACGCCAUGUCCCCCAAGAAGGCUUCCCCCAGCCAGCCUGGCUUGCCCGGCCUUACCCCGUAUCCCUCUGAUCCCCAGUCCAAGACCCCAGAGACUGCAGAGGCCCUCUGUCAGAACCACAUGCCAAACUCCCUGCUGCAGAGCCAGCCUCAGGCCAAGACCACUGGCACCCUGUCGCUGCUGGGAACGCUUCAGAUGCAGAAACCACCGGGCAAGAAGAGGGGGAGGAAGAGGAAGACAAUGGAGGAUAUUCUGGCCUUUGAGGCAAGGAAGAAGAGAUCCUUGUCGUUCUUUCGGAGGAGGGUUCCAGAUAAGCCUUCUCCUUCGGCUGUCAUCUCGCAGCAGAGGGAGGUGGACAUCUCUAAGAAGUACCGCAGCAUCAGACCCAAGCCUCACCACAUGCUGCUGAUGGAGACCGUUCCCCAGCUGGUCAGCCUGCCCUCCCUCACCUCCUCUGACAGCCUGGAACCAGAGCUCCUCGUACAGCACCAACUCUCUGCCAAGGUCCUGGAGCCUGGUCCUCGCCAGCCCCAGUCAGCCUCGACCACGCUUCACCUGAGAGGGGGUAGUUCCUCUCAAAGGGUCUACCUGGGUAGUAGCCGGCCCCUCCACCACUGCCCCACCUGCAGCCGCUGCUUCCAGUUCAAACACCACUUGCAGAGCCAUAUGAACAGCCACACCAACAGUAGGCCUUACGUCUGUCCAGUGUGUCGUAAGGCCUAUGCCCAUUCCGGUUCGCUCAGCACUCACAUGAAGCUGCACCACUCAGAGGGCCGACCACGCCGGACACUUCGCUGUGAGUUCUGUGAGAAGGCUUUUGGCUACGUGGGCGUGUACUUCAGCCAUCUGAGGGAGGUGCAUAAGGUUAUCCUGACUGUGGAGCCAUCCAUCAGCCAACAUGAAGACGACGUGCCUGUGGAGGGGGCGAUGUCUCCAGACCAGGGGGACGAGCAGGGCCAGGAGGAGCGCGAGGACCCGGUGGAGCUCCAGAUCAAGUGUGGUCGCUGUCAGGCCAUCACCCCCACCUUCGCCGACAUGAAGCUGCACCUGCUCUACGUGCAUGGGGAGGAGGUGCAGGUGCACCUGCGGGACGGGGCUGGCGGGCUGGGAGGGGCACUCCAAGGGGGCCGGGAGGCCGAGGACGAGCUGGUGAAACACGCCGCGCACUACUGGCGCCAGCUCAAUGAGAAGAGGAACCUAGUCCGCUGUGGGAGCUGUGACGAAGAGUUCUUCUCCUUCUCCAAGCUGAAGCGUCAUAUCCUCUCCCACCACCAGGGGGGGACAGAGGACGAUGGGAAUGGAGAGGGGGAGCCGACCGGCCGCUCAGCCCGGGGAGGGAGAGGGGUCCUCGGGCAGGGCUCAGUGUUUAACUGUGUGCUGUGCAGCCAGGUCCUGGACAGUAAGGAGGAGGUGAUGGAGCACUGGGCGGUCCACCACCACUGUGAGGAGACCCAGGUACUCUGGGAGGCCCUCAGCUCCUACUCAGGGGACAGGGAGAUGGACUUGCCCUCUCACAACCCACAUUAACAUGGCACUGGACACGUUUCAGGUUGUUUCCAUUGCAGUCAGGUUGCACAUCUCAGAUUGACUUUACUGAUUCUUUUUAGCUUCUAAUGAAGCGACGGUUCCAAACAGUGCAUCAGAAGAUUGCUAUACCAUAUCAACAUGGUUUCCGAUGUUAAACAUCUCCAGGCAUUGUGAGAGCUAAUAAUCGGGGCAGCCUGACUGCAAUAAAGACAACCUGGAACGCACCGCACUCACUGUCUGUGUCUGUCUGAGCCCAUCCUGCACAGUGGGCUGCUCUCAAACACAAGCAGUUAUUCCAUUUCUACACUAUCGAGCUGACCCCAAACAUACAGUAGGGACAUUUUAUUUUCAAAUGGUCCUUUGCCUAACUUCCUAACCAGGCCAGUGCAGUACAGUGCAGCUCAGUUCAGCUCAGUAGUGUGUAAAUGGUAUUAGGCCGUCAGUUAUAGCACAGGUUAGUUUGUUUGAGAAUCCUCCUGAUAGAUUAGUAAUUAUUAUAUGGUAUUUUAUGGACUGCACUGUUUUUUGUUAGUUUUGAGUUGUGUGUUUUAAUAAAAUGGAAAGGAUAGGUUUUUUUUUGUAUUGUGUGUUUUAUUUUAUUUUUUAAAAUUUAGAUACAUUAUUCGCCACAGACACAGUGAAACUGUUUGUUAAAUGACGUGAGUAAUUUGAAAGUACUUUUUGGUUGAAAACUAAUUAUAGACCUUGUGUCAAACUCAUUCAAUGUUGGGCCUUGUGUCUGUAGGUUUUAGUUUUUUCCUUCAAUUAAGCCCUAAUUAGUGACUUUAAUUAAUCAAGUACACGGGAGGAGCGAAAACCCGCAGCCACUCUGCCCUCAGUGAAAUGAGUACGGUAAAUGGUAUAUGAGUACGGUACAUGGUAUAUGUCUAGCUAUUUUGACCUAGAGGAAAACCUUCUCAGUACACCAGCACCUGACUGAAACAUCUGAGGCCUUCUGAAAAUAGAUUGAGAACCUUAUUUCUGGCUAAUAAUCAAUAAAGGACUCAUAAACAGAUGAUUUAUUAUAUAUAUUUGUUUGGGUACUCUGUGAUAAUGGAAAGGGUGAUUGAUUGACUACUGACAAAACUAGCUCAAUUUGUUACUAUUACAUUAAAGACUUUACAUAAAUGUUGAA